AUGGCAACUACGGCAAACGGAGGGCGCCAAGUUGGCGGUAUCGCAAGAACGGAGAGUGCGAAGAGCGAUAAUGCUGAUACAGGGAGGACUCCGCUACAGAGAUCUAUGGACGUUUUUUGGGCCAUCACCAACUUGACUGUCGAAUGGAAUAAAACCCUUGUCAUGGGUUCUUUCGUUAGUCAAGCUAAUCAGAAACAGUACUGGAAAGAUAGCCACAAGAAAAUGGCACAGCUGAUUGUAGAUAACAUCAAGAACUUGAAAGGAUGCUGGGUAAAGGUUGGCCAAAUAUUGAGUACAAAACCUGGAAUGUUACCAAUGUGCUAUGUUGAUGCCUUUUCUCAAUUACAGGAUCGUGUGGGUCACAGUGAUUUUGCUGAAGUCCUUGAUGUCAUCGAAGAGGAGAUAGGGUACAUGGACGAGGUUUUUGCCAACUUCGACUCCAUCCCUUUAGCCAGCGCUUCCAUAGCACAAGUUCACAAGGCAACACUUCGUGACGGUACCAUGGUAGCUAUCAAAGUACAACACAAAUGCAGUGAGCAGAAUAUGCGUAAUGACCUUGAGAUAUUUAAAGUUAUCCUUUGGGUCGCACAGAGUGUAGGACAUUGUCAGAAUAUGUUCGCAUCUAUUGAUGAUUAUACAGCCGCUGCUAUGAAUGAACUGGAUUUCGCUAAGGAGGCAGAAAAUUGCCGUCGUGCAUCAGUGGAUGCUAAGUUAUCUGGUAUACCGAUAUUUAUCCCUCGCAUAUUCAACGAAUACUGCUCAAGGCGUGUAGUUACUAUGGAGCUUUUCGAAUUAUAUAAGAUGACAGAUUUAGCAUUCUUCGAAAAGCAUAACAUCAACGCUGCACAGAUCGUCUAUGAUAUCCACGAUUUUGCUAUGUUCCAGAUUUUGUCUGCUGGACAAUUUCACGGAGAUCCACACCCAGGUAACUUGCUCAUGACUCAAGGUAAAAGCGACGGGAAAUUCUACCCUGUUUUGAUUGAUUGGGGUAUGACUCAGUCACUUAGCACUAAACAGCGUGUUGGUUUGUGUAAAUUGACCUUCGCCCUUUGCAUGGGUGAUACUAUCGGUUGUUUCACGGGUUUCGUAGAGGCAGGCUUCGACAUGAGUACCCAUAAGACUUUUUGUUACGAGCAGUUUCUGGAAUCUCUGUAUAACAUAUUUGCAUCUGACUUCAGCAAAGUUUUGGAUGUCUGUGCUGAUGAAGGUGCAACGAGCUCGACGUCUGAGGAUAAAAUGCCGGUAGAGUGGCAUUAUAAUGGGAAGAUGUUUAUUAAGGAGUUUAUUACUAACGCUCCAAACUUUUUCACUAUACUACUCAAGGUCGUGUCGGAGUAUCGCAACUAUGCUCUAAUGUUGAAGACAUCAGUGCCUCUGUUACAGAUAUUGUAUAAAAACGCUGGUAACGCCCAAUACAAUCUGUAUUAUACACCAUUGUCAAAGUUACUCUCUAGUGAGAGCAGCAAGGCGGUGUUGAUGCGCAAGGUACGGCGUGUGAAAAAAUUGCUCUCGGCAGAUUGUAUCGAUCUUACCGAGAAGCAGAUUUUGAUGCAAGUAUUCAAUCAGGCGUUGGAUAGCGAGAAUAGCAAUGUGGUUUUUUCUGGCACUACUGUUUUCCGCAAGCCGCGAGGUGCACUCGAGGCUAAGUUGUCGUCACUGCUGACGCACCUUUCACAGGAUAACAGCCUGAUAGUCGCAACUCAAGUGUUCGUAUUACAUGCUGGAGAGGUUGAAGUAGAUUUGUGCCAUGGUUUCAUGGGUCAAUAUGAAUGUCGCCCUAUCAGCCCAAAUUCGCUAUUCCAGGUUGGCAACCUUAUGAAUGGCCUGAUUGCCACUGCUGUGCUGCACCUAACGGAACACCAUGAUGUGGCUCUUGACGACCCUAUAUCGAAGCAUUGGCCUAGUUUCGGGCAGAAUGGCAAGGAGGGUAUAACUAUCAGGGAUAUGUUGAACCACUCAUCGGGAUUGAUACUCCCGUACCCUAACAUAUUGCUCAUCGAGAACCUCGACUACGAUACUAUGAUUAAGGAUAUAGAGAAAUCGUAUCUACACAAAGAGAUGCCGAAAGAAACAUCGUACGGUUAUCUCUAUUUCGGUUGGAUAAUGGCCGAGGUUGUUCGCCGUGUUAGUGGGAAGUCAUUGGAAGAGUACAUCUUCAACAUGGCAGCUUCUACCGACAUACCACUCACACAGUUUGUAUUCCCUUCUAUGUCAGUAGACAUCGCUGAUUAUGCAUCGAAAAAGAGUAACAGUGAUGAUACUAAAAAUAAUGAGGAGGAGAUGAAAACAACCGUGUUGGAUCCUACUCCCAGCUCAGUCUUAUGCAUAGAUGAGCCUCUGAUCGAUAUCCCGUUAGGAGACAAUAAAACACUGAACUCUUUGGAUGAAUCGAGGGAUAACUCCCCCGUAAUAUCAUCGACAAAUCUGAUAACACUGGAUCUUACGUCGGUGGACCCCGAGGUGAAGCAAGAUGGGCAGACUAAAGGUUUUGAUUCCACAAUUGUGAAGGUUACCGAGGAAUAUAGUGCCGCAUUGAAAUCGAAGUUCAAGAGCUUUGUUGACUUCAGUAGCAUGAGUACCACAUCGGUUUCUUCAUCUGGGGAUAAGGGUUAUAAUUUGAUGGACACUAUAGUUAUUAACGGACGAGAAAUCGCGCCUAAACGUGUUACGAUGGUAUCCUUUGACUCAUCGAACAGUCAAGAUGAUAUGACUAAAACGGGCUCCGAAACAACUGAGAUGUCUCGUAACUCUAGCGUUACCCAUUUGCAAUCGUCUUUAUCGUCACAAGAGCCGGUUGUCACACCACAACCGGAGACUAAGGUGGACGUUAAAGAUAUACUGAUGAGUAUGGAAGAAUUCCUCAUGCUUCCGUCUACGCCGGAGUUGAUGCCUAGCCCUAGUGAGAAUGUUGCUAGGGCAAAAUGUUUACCACCUGAAAAACGGCGGGGUUACGCUGAGCGUCUAUUGCAACGUCUGGAACCUAAAGGUGGUAGCAACGUUGAUUCUAGUUCCGCUUCUGUAGUAUGUAUGUGUGGUGUAAACUCCAGCACUGAUGAGGAGUUUUACCACCGUUGUUUCUCGCCGUCUGAAAAAUGUCCGGUGACAACCCGUUUUGUUCGUCAUUACCGCCUACCUCUUGUAGAUCUUGAGAAAUUGGAUCUCGUUGAGGCUGAAAAGUUGUUAAGCGCAAAUGAAGGAAGGGGUACCAAUGGUCGUUACCACCCAAUCCUUGUAUCUGAGGAAGAUGUGCUAACUGAAGAUGCUGACCUCCACGACUUUGACCUGAUUAACGAGGACACUGUUCUUAGCAGACUGCGUCGUCGUCGGUUCAUCACGAAGUUGCCGUCUAAACUACCUGCGUAUCAUUACUGCAAUUAUGACGCUAUCAACUACCGCUGCAUCAUCACAGAUCCAUUGGCCAUGGAUUACCCCUCGACCUACAGCAAAUCUGUGCCAUGUUUGAACGCCCGUGCAAGUGCUCAAGCUCUAAGUUAUUUCUACAAGUCUAUUUUGGACGGCGUGUUGGUUGGCAGUGAUCUGUUGUCUGAGGUGAUGUCAACAGAGUCCUUGGACCGUGGUAUAGUGACUAAGAUGCUGACCGCAUUUUACACCCCAGUUUGGUGUUUAGGGUACCAGCGUUUUUACCUACGUUAUCGUGAUGGCCGAGAUGUUAUCGGACUGGGCUGUGUGGACGUAUCAGGUUCACUGAACCUGAUGGUUCCGGAGUUGAAUCUGGUCGUGACUGCAUUAUUUUCCAGUGGUUCGAGCGUAUGUGUUUCGCACAAGCUAGUAUCAGUGGUGUUGGAUCAUUACGGUCUAACAAUACUUCACACAAAUAUCAACGUGGGUGAUCCCACUAUGUUAUAUAGACUUUUGGCUACCAUUAAAGUUUAA